GGAUGCCUUUACAAAGCUGGAUACUCUGGGAGCAGCGUGGGCUGAUGGAGUAGGAACUAGCCUGAGCGAUCUUUACAAGCUGAGAUCCUGCACAUCGCAGAAGGGUUUGUUUCUCUGUGCAAAACCUGGGACCCUGUUAGAAACCUGCUUUAAAAAACAAGUGACCAAAAUAUCCAAAUGCACCAGACUUCUCCAUGAACUCGCUACGAAUAUAUUUUUCAUUUUUUUUGACAGAAACGUGUAUGUAACUUUCUCUGGAGGAACUGAGGAAUUUUGUAGUUGUUCUUAUAGUAUUUUAAAUCUGAGCACCCAGUAGAGUCUUUUUCUGCAGUGAUGAGGGAGUGACAAGUUGAAGUUCCUGCCAGUGUACCUGGAAACUGUGACCAGCUAACACCCACUGCCGAGCCCCCAAUGGGACUAGGGCCGCGCUCCUGCACUCCUGACAGGGAUGAAGGUAGAGCCAUGUUACCUGCUACCUAAGCUCGCUGGUGCUGCUGUAGUUUGUGGAUAUGGUCCCAGACCUGGCUCUGUGCACAGACUCUCAGCUCUGAUCCCACCCGAGAGGAUUUAGCGGCAGCAGAGACCCCAGCUGUGGAGCACACUCCCCCAACCACCCCACGACGGAGGGGCUACAGCGCUGGAGAGUUACUAUGCAGCUUGGACUGCUUGUGGUGGUGGUUUUUCUAAGCUCGAUGGAUCUAACAGGCAGCAGCAAAGUGGUGAAGGGCAAGAGGCAAAGACGAAUCAGCACCGAGCUGAGUCAGGGCUGUGCCAGAGGCUGUGACCUGUGCUCUGAGUUCAAUGGGUGCCUGAGGUGCUCUCCCAAACUCUUCAUCCUUCUGGAGCGGAAUGAUAUCCGACAGAUUGGGAUUUGCCUGCCUUCUUGUCCACUGGGAUACUUUGGCCUUCGCAAUACGGACAUGAACAAGUGCAUCAAAUGCAAAAUUGAGAACUGUGAGUCUUGUUUCAGUCGAAACUUUUGCACAAAAUGUAAGGAAGGUUUGUAUUUGCACAAAGGGAGAUGUUACGUCACAUGCCCAGAAGGCUACGCUGCUGCCAACGGCACCAUGGAGUGCAGCAGUCCUGCACAAUGUGAAAUGAGCGAGUGGGGGCCGUGGGGGCCCUGCUCCAAGAAAAGGAAGCUCUGUGGCUUCAAGAAGGGCAAUGAAGACCGAACACGGCGGAUUCUGCAGGCUCCCUCUGGGGACGUGUCUCUGUGUCCUCCAACCACAGAGGUGCGGCGAUGCACGGUGCAGAAGAACCAGUGCCCUGAAGGGAAAAGGAAGAAAAAGGAAGAGCAAGGAAAGCAAGAUAAUGGGAAUAGAAAUCGGAAAGACACCAAAGACACUAAGUCUGGCACCAAGAAGAGGAAGAACAAACAGAGAGGGGCCACGGUGCCUGCGACGCUCGCUAGCCCUGCCCAGUAGCUGGCCCUGUGCGUCACCUGAUGGCAAGAGUUCAUUGCUGCUAUGUAUAUGAAAGCUUUAUUGAACAGAGCACUGCUACACCAUGUACACGUGUCCAGAGACAGACAUAUACUCCAGACUGACCCAGAGGCCACACACACAGUACUUAUGGAGGCUGCACACACCCCCCGCCCAGGACUGUGGAAGAAUGCUGCUGAGGAGUAGGAGCACACACGGAGGCAAAGCCCACGGCCCCAGGGCUCUGUGGGGACACUGCAGGGAGGAGAGAUGGAGCAUAAAUCAGUGAAGGACCCAGACGUGGGACUGAUUUCAUGAUCGAAGGCCUCAACUGGAGCCCAAGCACGUGGUCCCAGCACAGCCCCACUCAGCCAGGGGAUGAGACUGAACCCACAUGGCCACUCUCCCUGACCUGGGACCCAGACACACACAGCAGUGGCCUCUUUCUCUUCCCUCACCCCUUAUUUUGUGUUUUAAGCUGUAUGACUUUAUCAUUGCAAAUACAUGUUAAAAGUUUGUGGUAAGAGGUCAGUAGUAUCUGCCCUGAAUCUGCUUCAAAGAAUUAUUUCAAAUUAAAAAAAAAAAAAAAAAAAAAAAUCAAAAUGACAACCAGCUUCCUGAGUGUGUGGUUCAUACCUUGGCCCCUAUGGAGGCUGGUGUCCCACAGGACAGAGACUCACUUGUGGAAGGGAAACUCACCAAAGCUUUAAGAAAAUCCCAGAAAAUGCUGCCAGCUGCACUGCAGCCACAAAUCAGCUGUCCUGCGUGAGGGACCCCAACUGCACCCCGCUGAGCCCCGAGGAACUUCCCACUGAAGGAUCCACUUAACACACAGCAGAUUGAGAAAACGAGAGGUUACAACAAACCACAAGCUGCUGAAGCAUUGUGACUCAGCUCAGACAGUCACAGCAGUGGGACAAUCCUGGGCUGGGGACAGCCGGUCCAGCUGCUGGCCACCACCCCGGAGCGUGGCAGGAGGGAGGCAGGUGGGAGGGGGAAGGCACAGCUCAGGUCCUGCAGAAGAGAAACGAAAUUUUAAAUUGGGUAGAAACUAUUUGUCUGCAUCCCACUGACUGGAAUUUCCUGGAUUCUCCUGCUCUGCGAGAGCUGACACCUGAGCAGAGGAACUGGGACAAGGACUGUGCAAGAUCUGGUGAGCCCUGUGUGGGAUGUGUGGGUUCGCUGCCUGCUCUGCUCAGGGAGCUCUUCCUUUGGCAGGGUGGCUCACCAUCACUGCCCUGGGAUUUUCAAAUGUGCUUUCUCUGUAUAAAUAUGUAGGGACACAUUUAAUUUCUUGAGAGUUCAGCAGAAGCUCUCUGGUCCCAAGGAUGGUCCUGUGGCUCACAGAGAUGUGCCAUGGGUAGAUCAGGGAUGUGCUGCUGGAGCUGCAACUCCCCUGGUAGGGCAAAGGGCAGGAGAAACCUCACCCCAAACUAACCCUGGUGAGUCCAAUCUUCACUGUGCUCCCUUCCAUACCACCCUCUGCUCUGUGAUUUUGGAGGGCAGAGUGAGCCAACAGGCAUGCAGGGCAGCCUGCGAGAGAGCUCCCCGUCCCUCCCAGGGGUCACCUGCCCACACCCACAGCUCUGGUUCUCUCCUGUAGCUUGUGGCACCCACUGAGGACUCAGCUCUGGCACAGGACACCCCAACUCCCUUCACCCAUCAGGGCUGCCUUGGCUCGGUGCAGGAUGUGGAGGCUGCACAGUUGUUUUGUACCAAGCUCUCUAUGACUGCUCUGCUGGCAGAAAAACCUUUCAGCCUGUCGUCCACUUUGUGUUUAAGUAAACAAGAAGCUGUUACAUCUUUGAAAGGGGAUUCCAUUUCAGCACAAUGAUAAACGACCAGCAUACCAAGCAGGGGGAGAAAGACGUUCUUAAAAGUCAUCCUUUAAGUUGUUUACAGCUUGUGUUCAUACGAUUUCUGAAAGCUUCCCAGCUGAAUGAUCCAAUCUUGCUCUAUUUUCUAGCCUGUGAGAGAAGUAUUUUGUUUGUGCCAUGGCAUUGCUUGUAAGCAGAACCAUUUUCCCUUCUUCUUACCAACACCCAGCAGUGACCUGCUGGUGAAGCUCAGCUCUCUCACUCACUGUGCCUCCCUCCUGGUGCCCGAUCCCCACAGAGCUCUCAGUGAGGAUUAAGGAAAAGAGAAUGCAUUAGGAAAAUUUUCCACAUGAGGCUCUGGUAAUGACUUGAUUCCCUACAGUAACUCCUGGCACUAUUAGCACAACUAUUUCAAAACUAAACUGCAUGUAAUAAAUCAACAGAACCUAUUUUAGAGAACUCUAGGGAUUAUUAGAAAAACUGACAAACUUCUUUCUGUUGUAGCCUUUCCCCUACUUUCUUCCUUUUUUCAGAACAAAAUGCGAAGAAAAAGGGACAAAGGCAACAGGAAGUUUAAGAUGCAUAUUCAGAAUAUCCAAGAUUUUUCAGUAGGGGUGAUUUUAAAAUUAAAUUGUUUUAGAACAAUUAGAAGAAAAAAUAUGAAAAAUAAAUCAAAUUUCUUUUUUUUUUUUUUUUUUUUUUUUGAGUCAGCUCAAGAAUUGUGCUUACUCCCACUCCCAGAGAGCUGGUUCAGUUAUGAAUUUAGGAACAUUUUGCCUUUGACCAAUGUGAACUGCACACUGAGCUCCCCAGUCCAAGCUGAGGUGUCCUUAGCUGGGUGACGUCACCUCAACUCACACACACGUGAAUGCUCUCUUUCCACGCACUAGAUAGCCCUGUUGUGGUGUUGUCUCCAUGGCAUCACUGUAAAAUACAAGUCUUUAAACAAAUAAAUCAAUAAAUGGGU